CCGAAAUCUUUAUUGAAUCUUUUUGAAAGAAAGAAAAUAUAUUCUCUUAACUGCCUAAUUACAUCCAAUCAUUCCAAAUUAGAAGUUGAAAUUAGGUGAAUUCAUGGGUGGAUUAGUUAGAUAAUUAUCCCCAUUAAUCCUCAUUUCUAGUAUUCUUUUUGAUUCUUUUUUUAAAAAAUUGAAAGGUAGUUUGGCACUUCGUAUCUGUCGAAUCCAGAAACAGAAGAAAUCCCAAAUUCAAAUUAUAUUUUUUAGUUGAACGGUUUAUGUGGAUAUUUAAAUGUGCCCAUGUUAUUCAUUUGUUCUUCAAUUGGAUGUUAAACUUUUAACUUUUAAUUAUCAACAAAAUGGCGCAUUACGUUGAUCGUGAGGCUCCUAAGCUAUGGAGGAAGAUUUGCACGGAGGCUUUGAUAGAGAUUUCACUUCUUGCCGAGAAUUGGAAGCUUAUUCUUGCUGGACUUGUUUUUCAGUACAUCCAUGGAUUGGCUGCUCAUGGAGUACAUUACCUACACCGGCCAGGACCGACGCUUCAGGAUACUGGAUUCUUUCUUCUUCCAGAACUUGGUCAAAACAAAUUUUAUAUCAGCGAGACUUUGUUCACCUUCAUCUUUUGUUCCUUUCUUUUGUGGACUUUCCAUCCUUUUGUUUUUCAGAACAAAAGAAUAUACACUGUUCUGAUAUGGUGUAGGAUUUUUGCUUAUUUAGUUGCUUCUCAGAGUCUCCGCAUUGUAACCUUCUAUUCAACUCAGCUUCCUGGUCCAAGCUAUCAUUGUCAUGAGGGCUCGAAACUUGCCAGGUUACCCCCUCCAGAGAGUGUUCUUGAAGUCGUCCUAAUCAACUUUCCCCAAGGUGUUGUAUAUGGCUGUGGUGAUUUGAUUUUUUCAUCACACAUGAUUUUCACCUUAGUAUUUGUCCGCACAUAUCAAAAAUUUGGCACAAGAAGAUGCAUAAAACAGUUCGCUUGGCUACUAGCUGUCAUUCAGAGCCUUCUGAUUAUAGCGUCUCGCAAACAUUACACAGUUGACAUUGUUGUUGCAUGGUAUACUGUAAAUUUGGUAGCAUUCUUUCUGGACGGGAAAUUGCCAGAACUACCGGACCGAUCAAGCGGAGCCACAGCUCCACCUUUACUUCCGUUGAGCACUAGAAAUAAGGAUGGCAAGAACAAGGAAGAACACCAGAAAUUACUCAAUGGGAAUUCUUUGGCAACUACAAGCUGAGUGUGAAUUAUCAGCAUCCAUGUUGGCAAUAUGCUUUUAUCAAGUGUUUCAAAGUAGAAUUCUGUGUACAGAAACAGGUUAAAUGAAUCACAAGAUUCAAGUUAGGUAGAGUGAUAAAUGAUAAUUAGAUGUCAGCACAAGCUGAAGAUAGCUUGGUGCUGUUACAGGAUUCAAGCAAUGCAUUCUCAUCUUAGUUACAAAUACUGAUAAUCCUUGAUGUAAAUAUCCAUUUAAAAAUGGAAUGGAAUAAAGUUUUUCUUUAUUCCAG